GUGUAAUUGUUUGGAUUUGGUCAGGUUUAGUCGUCUUUUCCCACGCGUCUCCCCUGUCAGCGCAGUUUUACAGCUUUACUUUGAAAACGACAACCGGAAGUACUUUUCCCUCUUCCUGGUUGAACUUACGAACCCUGCAGCUGCUGUACAGUACCAAAUCAGGAACUAAACCGUCUCAAUUUCAAUUUGAUAUAUUUUCGAAGUGUCUUUCCUGUAUGUAAAUGCCCAGUAGACGUGGUUACUUUUUAUUCUCCUGUACAGCUUUUAUGUAGCCUGUCUCCAACUGCUGGUUACUGUUAGCAAAGGGAACUCCGGCUAACUUCGUAAUGGCUCCUCUCCGGGUUCUGUGCGUUCACGGGUACCGACAGAGCGGAAGCUCGUUCCGUGAGAAGACGGGAGCUCUGCGGAAGCUGCUGAAGAAACAAGUGGAGCUGGUUUACAUGAGUGCACCGCUCACCGUGAACACAGAUAUUCCAGAAAAAGGGAACGACUCCGUCCCUGUUCCUGGAGGGGAUGAGGAGGGCCGGGGCUGGUGGUUCUCUGACAUCCAGGCUCAGAGUUUCAGCGCUCAGCAGCAGUGUGAGGAGAGCCUGGGCCUGGAGCAGAGCGUGGCGGCUGUGAGGGAAGCCGUGAGGCUCCAGGGCCCCUUUGACGGCGUGCUGGGCUUUAGCCAGGGCGCAGCUUUCGUAGCUAUGCUGUGCUCUCUUCAGGAGCAAAAACUGGAACCGGAGUUCGGCUUCCGCUUCGCCAUUCUCGUGGCCGGUUUCCGCAGCGCGUGCAAGGAGCACCAGAGGUUUUACCACGCUCCCCUCCAGAUCCCCUCCCUGCAUGUGUUCGGACUGGAAGACAGAGUCAUCCCUGACAGCAUGAGCCGGGAGCUGCUCCCCUCCUUCCAGGACACUCAAGUCCUCAUACAUCCUGGAGGCCAUUUUGUCCCCGCAGCGUCCGCUCACAGACAAACGUAUCAAGACUUUCUGAAGCGGUUCCAAUGACAAGAAAAAGUUCCCAGAUAGCCAUCAGCUGCCACUCUGGACACAGACUUGGAUACAGAGGUGGUGGAAGCAUCGCAUUAUGAUGCAUGUCAUUGUUCUCAGGGAAAACAUCAUCAACCAAACAAUAAAGAUAAGAUGACUUGUUCGUCUUUGUACUGUUUUUUUACUAUAAUUUGUUGAACGUUAA